CUUUUGUAGAAGAAUCACAUUGUUACGGCCCUUUCGAGCAUAACCCGUCGCCACAAUGAGGAUCGAGACUUGUUAUUUCUGCUCGCAGCCGUGUUACCCAUCGAAGGGCAUAACUUUUGUCCGCAACGAUGCGAGACUCUUCAGAUUCUGCCGGUCAAAAUGCCACAAGAACUUUAAAAUGAAGCGUAACCCCCGCAAGCUGAAGUGGACCAAAGCCUUCCGCAAGUCCGCAGGCAAAGAAAUGGUCGUCGACAGCACUCUCACCUUCGCGGCACGCCGCAACGUCCCUGUCCGAUACAACCGCGACUUGGUGGCCAAGACGCUUAAUGCCAUGGAGAGAGUUUCUGAGAUCCGCCAGCGCCGCGAGAGAGUCUUCUACAAGAAGCGCAUGGCUGGCAAUAAGGAGCGUGAGAAGGAGGCGAACCGCAAAUUGGUGGCCGAGAAUGAGCACCUGCUGCCGAAGAUGCGUGCUAGUGAGAGGGCGAAGGCGGCGGAGAUGGGCGAGGAGAUCGAGGAGGCGCCGUUGGAGAGAGAGAAGAGCAAGGUGUUUGGAAAGAUGAAGGAGAGGAGGAAGGUUCUGGUGCAGGAUGUGGAGGAGGAUGGAAUGGAUAUGGACUGA